CAACAACAAUCAAUAAUUUAUUUACCAUGGGUGUGAUUUCUUGUUGGUAUCAAGCAAAGAUGAUCUUGCCAUUACAAUAUCCGUCGAGGCUUUAAACCCCAGAUAGUACGCACUCGCAGAUGCUCGUAUAAAUAAUUCACGGUUCUUCAAAGAUGAUGUUUUCACACACAAACAAAAAUGCAACUCCACUACUUUAACAUCCAAGCUAGAUCCGAAGCCGCUUACUUGAUUGCUCUCCAAGGUCAACUCCCAGUCGAAAGAAAGGGUGUUAGCAGUUUUGCUGAUAGUGACUUGAAGAAGAGUGCCCCAUUCGGCCAACUUCCUCUCCUUGAAACUGAUGAUAGCACAGUUCUUGCCCAAUCACUUGCCAUUUGUCAAUUUUUGGCUGAAAAGUCAAACUUGCUUCCAUCCCAAUCAAGUGCCAAUCAAGGACAAGACUCUGCCUUGUUAAAUGCUCUUGCAUUGUCCUAUGUUUUGGGUGUUGAUGAAUUCAGAAGUGAAGCUUAUCGUGCUCAUAGACCAACCACUGCUGAAACUGCUGAAAAAGACAAAACUGAAUGGAAGGAAGGAAGACAAGCAUUCUUCUUGUCUAAAUUCGAACAAGUUCUUGCUCACUCAAAGAGUGGCUUCCUUGUUGGAAACACCUUGUCAUGGGCUGACAUUUGUCUCUAUGAUGCCUUGUAUGAACAAAAGUUCUUGUUUGCUUCUGAUUUUGCUGAAAAGUAUCCACAUUUGAGCAAGUUGAUGAAUCAAAUGGAAGAAUUGCCAAAUCUCAAGUCCUAUAUUAAUGAUCCAAAUAGAUUGCCACUCUACUUGCCAAAAUGGAGAAAUUAAUUAGUAAACUAAUAAAUUAAAUAUAUU